AUGAGGGGGAAAAAAAAAAAAGGAUCCGCCAUUGGUAAUAAUAAUAAUAGUAAUAAAAAUAAUACUAUAGUGGAGGAAGAAGAUAAAGAAGAAGAGAUAAGCGAUUUGAAGCAAGAAAACUAUGGGAAAACAGUGAGUAUAAAUAGCAAGAGGGUAAUAAGAAAAACGAGUAUGCAUAUUUUAGAAAAGAGAAAAAAAUCUAUUGAUGAUGUAUGUAGGUUGGCAUAUGUAUAUGUAUUACUAAAAUAUUUUUUUGAUAAUAAUAGUAAUACUAAAAUUUUAAAUGAAAAAUUUUAUCUUCAAGAUAACAUAUUAAACAUUACUGAAUCUUUAAUUGGUCAAAUUUUAUGGGUGUUUGAUAAGAAAGAAAAAAAAUUAUAUGGUUCGAGAAUAGUAGAACUUGAAUCGUACAAUGGAGUAAAUGAUAAAGCAUCACAUGCCUAUAACAACAAAAGAACGAAUAGAAACUUUUCCAUGUUUGAACGAGGAGGCAUUAGUUAUGUCUACCUAUGUUAUGGGAUACAUAACUGCCUGAAUAUAGUUACAAAUGUUGAAAACGUUCCUGAUGCUAUCUUAGUUAGAUCUCUUGAACCACUGUAUAGUAUAGAAAAUUGUAUAUUUAAUAAAUAUCAGAAUAUUUAUGAACAUUUCUCUUUUUCAAAAAAUAUGUCAACAAGUUGUAAAUUAAGUACAAUGGAAACUAGCAGUAACGAAAUUUUGAAAAAAGGGAGGGAAAAAGAUAUGAACACACUAAAUGAAAAAAACUAUUUAAUGAAUAUUCAAAAAUUGCAGGAUAUUUUUAAAAUGGUAAAUAAAAAAAAAUUAGAAAAAUUAUGUAGUGGUCCUGGAUGUGUAACGAAGUGUUUAGGAAUUACGAAACAUGAUGAUAGGGAAAAUUUUUACAUCAACGAGUUUCAUCAUAUGGAAAAAAAACAAAAAGAUCAAUUUUGCAUAAAGGGGGAAAAGGGCAACGAUAAUAGCAACAAAAAUGGCUGUGAAGGAAGCGACAAAAAUGGCUGUGAAAAUAGCAACCAAAAUGGCAACAAAAUUGACGGUCAAAAUAUAGUUACGAGGCCAAUUCAAAACAGUAGUGACUUAAAAUCAAAAUACUUUGACAAUAAAAAGUUGUUAACUAUGAAUGGAAGGAGUGAAAAAAAUAGCGCAAGUACAUAUAAUAUUAAUUAUAAUGAAGCAAAUAAGGGUAUUAAUAUGGAGAAUCAAGGUAUGCCGUAUGAAAAUAUUAAUUCCAAUUACUACUUUUCUAGUAAUAUAAAUUAUAUACAUAAAAGUAGAUUCUUUGUUAGUAUUUGUCCAACAAUAAAUGAAAUAAUAAAUUUUUAUGAAAAAUUAAUUGAUGAAGAGAAGAAACAAGAAUCAUUUAUAAAAAAUGUUUAUAACGAAUAUAAAACUUUUUUAUUAGAAUACUUUGAUUAUAUGAAAUGGCACAAAGAUAAAUGGGUUAUUCAAAAAGAUAAAAGGAUAGGAGUUAAUUAUGCUGAAGAAGCUGCUUUAUAUGAGUAUAGAUUUUUAUUAAAGAACCACCCCUCUGUUUCAGUCUUACCUAAAUAG